GAAUCAAACACAAUCAUUUUAUUGUGCCUGUGAGAGUAAAAUUUCUGAAAGUUACAUCGAUGAACUGCUAAUUUGGUGGAAAACUUUCAACUCUGAAGUAUUGAGUUGCUGGUGCAAAUUUUACAAUGGAACUAUCCAAACAGGAACUUGAAUAUCCUCAGAAGCUGUUAAACUAUAUGGAUGGAUUUCUCAUUUCUAAGACCAUGUUUGCUGCCUGUGAGCUGGGAGUAUUUGAUCUGCUGGAGAAUGAAGGGGCCCUCCCUUCCAAUGCGGUUGCAGAGAGGCUUGGCACCAGUACUGAUGGCAUGGACAGACUCCUCACUGCUUGUGUUGGGCUACAACUGUUACAAGUCAAACAGCACCAAGGCGAGGUCUUGUACAGUAAUACAGAUCUGUCUCAAGUCUACCUGACCAAGGCAAGUCCCAGAACACUCUACUAUUCGAUGGCUUAUUAUUCACAGACUAUCUACCAUUGCUUUGCCUUCCUGAAUGAUGCUGUCAGGGAAGGGAAAAACCAGUAUGAGAGAGCAUUUGGUAUUUCUCCUAAGGACCUAUUUGAAACUCUCUAUAGAUCCGAGGAGGAAAUGCUGAAAUUCAUGCAGCUGAUGAAUUCAAUAUGGAAUAUUUGUGGAAAAGAUGUGGUCGUGGCCUUUGAUCUUUCCAUUUUUACCCACAUCGUAGAUCUUGGCGGAUGUACUGGUGCAAUAGCUAAGGAAUGUAUCUCUGCAUAUCCACAGUCAACGGUAACCAUCUAUGACCUUCCUAAAGUCCUAGAAAUGGCAAGAAAUCACUUUGUGUCUCCACAUGAGAAACGGAUUACAUUUCAUGAAGGUGACUUCUUCAAAGAUCCUAUACCUGAUGCUGACCUCUACAUUCUUGCUAGAAUCAUUCAUGACUGGACUGAGGACAAAUGUCUGAAGCUACUCAACAGGGUUAACAAAACUUGUAAACCAGGCAGUGGAGUACUGCUGAUUGAAGCAUUAUUGAAUGAGGACCGGACUGGCCCUGUCACUGCCCAAUUGUACUCUCUGAACAUGUUGGUACAGACAGAAGGGAAAGAACGAAUGGCCUCCGAGUACAUCAACCUUCUGGAAUCGGCAGGAUUUAAGGAUGUGCAAGUCCAAAGGACAGGGAAAAUUUACGAUGUUAUCCUAGGGAGGAAGUAAACUAGCAAGUCGAAUAUUUUGUCUCACUGGGUAUGAUUAUUGAAGCAAAAUAUGUAACUGUUCAAUAGGAGAAGGUAGGCCCCACAGAGACAAUUUCUCCAAAAUUUCCUCCUGCAAGCAGUUAAAACAUACCUUUCUACUUUUUCAAUGUAUACCAGCUAAUGUAAGUGAUCAUAAUUUCACAGUUGAGAGAUAGUAAGAACUGCCAAUGCUGGAGUCAGAGACAAUACGGUGUGGAGCUGGAGGAACACAGGAGGCCGGGCAGAAUCAGAGGAGCAGGAAAGCUGACAUUUCAGACGGGACCCUUCUUCAGAAAAUUCAGUUUUCCUGCUCCUCUGAUGCUGCCUGGCCUGCUGUGUUCCCCCACUGUGUUAUCUAUAAUUUCACAAUUGACAUCUUCCUAAAGAUAUUUGUUGACUUUUUCCACUCCACGGGUUCGUUUCUAUUGGAAUCCCAGAAGUUCUCAUUCAGGUUGCUGUGGUUAUGUUACUGAUAGGGAAUGGUUCCACAUUGUCCUUGGCCGUAGACUUUGAACAUCCAUCAGAUUUGCCAUUGCAGCCCAAGAACAACUUUGGAGAGCAAUUUCAGCUUCAAACUCUUUCCCUGUUUCAACACCAUGCAUGAAGUUGCUGCCUGAAUGCUGCAAUAAUUGUUGGAAUUUAAUGCCCUCCCUCAGUAGUUCUGGGCCUUUCCAAGGUUCAGCAGCUGCCACUGAUCCCACUUGCAUUGUCUGCACUGGACAGUGCCAACCUCUGAUUGACCAAAGGCUCUAGGUGGAGGAAAAAGGGGUGGGAUUUUCACUGGGAGACUUUGAUCCCAGGGAAGGUCCCCUCCUGGCCAUUUAAGUGCCCAAGAGGCAACCAGUAAGCCUUCCCUAAAGGAGACAAUGUAGGACUCCUGCCAACUCUACCUGGUAGGCAAGACUCCCAUUGCCUUGAUUCAAUACUACCUGAUGGUGUGAUUUCCCAAGAUUUUAAAACACAUUUGGAUAAGCACAUCAAUAAGAAAUGUUUGGAGGGAUGUGGGGAUAUGGCAGGAAAGUUUGGUUUGGGAAUGUGGUCAGCACGGACUAGUUGAACCGAAGAUAUGUUCCCAUGCUGUAUGACUGUAUGAAUCUAUCUGGUAGCUUGGAUCAAGUUUUACGAAUUAAUUAGAGGUUUAAGGGGUUAAUAAUACCAUUUAAUGAUACCUCAAUCAGUUUCUGUAAUUAAUUGCUUCUGGAGGGCAGUGGCUGUUCGAUGCCAGCCAUGGUUCAAUGGUUCCCAUUUCACCUUCCUCUUAUAAUCAAGGGUUCAAGUCUCACUCCAGACACCCAAGCAUACAAUGUAGUUGCAACCCAGCACAAAUGUAUAUCUGGAAAAGAAAAAUGAUCUCACCAUCAUAUCAACACAGAAAUUACAAAAUACAACUCUGGUAGACAUUAUCAUUCAUGCAUUGCUAAAAUAUUUGUUUCAGUGGUUGACCCAUUUAUAAUGAAUUGUUCAAAAUAAUGGAUGCAGCGGUAAGCAUUUGUAGACAUUUCCCUUUUUCUGCAAAUAUCUCAAG